GUGGGCGAAGUGCGCAGACUCCUCAGCCCGGCUCCAGUUCGGUCGGGACGCCGCUGAGCCCGCGACGUCGCCUCCCGGUGAGUUUCUGAGGGGGCCGCCAGGCCUUGUCCUUCCGCAGUGGCCGCGCCGGCAGCAGGGCACUGCAGCCGCAGUCCCGGCCGCGGUGUUUGGUAAGCAGAAGCCCCGGCGUGCCCUGAGCGUGCAGCCCCCCGCCGCUCGGCCCGGCCACAGCCCCGGGCGUGAACGGAGCUGACGGAGGAUGGCAGCCUCCGGGGUGGAGAAGAGCAGCAAGAAGAAGACCGAGAAGAAACUUGCUGCUCGAGAAGAAGCUAAAUUGUUGGCGGGCUUCAUGGGCGUCAUGAAUAACAUGCGGAAACAGAAAACGUUGUGUGAUGUGAUCCUUAUGGUCCAGGAAAGAAAGAUACCUGCUCAUCGAGUUGUUCUCGCAGCAGCCAGUCAUUUUUUCAACUUAAUGUUCACGACUAACAUGCUUGAAUCAAAGUCCUUUGAAGUUGAACUCAAAGAUGCUGAACCUGACAUUAUUGAACAACUUGUGGAAUUUGCUUAUACUGCCAGAAUUUCUGUGAAUAGCAACAACGUUCAGUCUUUGUUAGAUGCAGCAAACCAGUACCAGAUUGAACCUGUGAAGAAAAUGUGUGUUGAUUUUUUGAAAGAACAAGUUGAUGCUUCAAAUUGUCUUGGAAAAGCAGAAAUAGUUGAUCAGAGUUUUCCAAGGUGUGAUAUGGUAUGCUUUCCACUGUGAAAUAGUCUUUAGUGGCACAUAAAUGAACAUCCAGGUCUUUGUAGUUGUAUUUUCUUACCCUUGCUGUGAUUCAGAGGGGAAAAGAAUCAGGGUAGGAGUCCUAGGAAGGCAGGGAGGAGAGGAAAGCUGAAUCAAGGACAACCAAUACAAAGAUUUUUGACAUAUGAGAGAAGAUGAGGGGUGCUGACAAGCCAACAGCUGGGCAAAGGGCUCCUGGAGAUACAUGAGAAGUUUGCAAGCCUUCUCUUUCCCCGUUUUUCUAGGCUCCCCUCUAGUAAUGAACUAGACGGUUCAUUACUCCAUCUGUCACACACCCCUACUGUGAACGCAGAGCAAAAGAUCUUUGUAGGCAGGUAAAUAGGAAGCAGAAUAAAUUUUAGGGAGGGAUAAAAGGCAGGCAAAGGGGAUGGGAAUGAGUUUGUGGCUGGUAUCCAAAAAAGGAAAUGGACCAAAUGGAACAGGACAGGUAAUAGCUAUGCAGGUGAAUAUACUGGUGGAAUUUAUUUUAAAGGUGGUUGUAGGUCACAAACGAAAAGACCCAUAUAUUAGGAAAUAAAAGGCCAGUCUCUAAUCUCAUCUGUGCAGCAGAGACACUCUGGAAUGAGUCCCUCUAUUUCUCUGGGCCAUAGUUUGGGGCUCCAUUCAUCAAUAAAAUUUAUAUUCUGAGAUUUUACUUAUUUCCCCUUAUAUAAAUAUGUAGUCUCACAAAAUUUAUUAUAAAAAGAAUUCAAAGGAGUUUUUGGAAGAUGAUGGCUUAAGUACUUCUCCUUAACUCCCUGGCACUCUAAACUUCCAACCAGGUGAUUCAACUAGAAAGAAAAACAGCCAGAGUAGGGAGUGGAUAUGGUGGAACCUGGAGCAAGUUUGUGCUAAUCUCAUUUUAGGCUUUGGGCUUCUGAGGAGACCACUUGGGAGUGUUACUUCUGGAUGCCUUCUGGAUCAUUGUUUUCAAUCGAGGAAGGAUGGUGUAGCAGCCUAGAAGGGAGCCUGAUUCUCUAAGCCGGGGUAAAGAUACUGGCCCGUCCAGUUGAGCCAAGUGCAGCUACUCUCAGUACCCAAGGGAACUGCUGCAGCCUGCAUUCUUUUUAGCCCUGGGGUGGCUCUCCCUGUGAACUGAUUAGAGAACUCCUUUGUUCUCUGCUGCCCCAGAGAUCCCAACAAGCAGACUUCCAUGAAUUCUAAAGGCACCCAUAGUAUCUGAUGAAAGUGGGCAAAGAUAUCAUACCAGGUUAAAGGAAACCUGCUAGUUCGAGGACAGAAAUCAAGCUAAACAGCCAAAAUGAAUGGCUCCUGUAGAAAUUUUCAUUUAAGAAAUGGAGGAGACCUUAAAUAGAAAGGAAAGCCAUGAUUUUCCAUAAAAUUCAAUUGAAUUGAAAAACAGAAUGGAUAUUCCUAAAAAUCAACCUAAAGAAAAUAAAACAGAGAAAACUGCCUUAUGAUAACACAAAAAUGCAAAGAAAUGGAAAUCAUUAGUGAAAAACAUAAAAGACCUGAAAGGAAGAUACGGGACACUGAUGUGAAGUAGGGAUUCCACAAGGAACAAGUGGAGGAAAAGUGAUAUCAAAGAAAUCGUAAAAGAAAACUUAUUUGAGACUUAAAAAACUUGAACUUUCACACUUACACCAAGUACCAGACCUGAUGGAGUGAGAUUUUCCUCUCCUAAACAUAUCCUAGUGAUAUUUUUUCACCUCCAAAAUCAAGAGAGAACUUUUUUUUUUUAAUGUAUGUUUAUUUUGAGAAAGAGAGUGAGCACGAGUGGGGGAGGAGCAGAGAGAGAAUCCCAAGCAGGCUCCAUGCUGUCAGUGCAGAGCCUGAUUGGGGCUCAGUCUCACCAACCGUGAGAUCAUGACCUGAGCCAAAAGUUGGACGCUUAACCAACUGAGCGCCCUGGGUGCCCCAAGAAAACCGUUUGACGUGAUAAAAAUGUUCUGGCACUAGAUAGUGGUGAUGGUGACACAACAUGGUGAAUGCACUAAAUCACUAAUGGUAAGUUUUAUGUUGCAUGUAUUGUAUCUUAAUUUUUAAAAAUAUAAUAAAAAGAAUUUAUAAGUUUUUAGAAAGGGUAUGUAUGAUAGGUUACCAGAAAUUGGUCACAAAUUCUUUUCAUCCUUGUAUGUAUACCCCUUAUAUAUGUGACUAUAGCUCUUCCAUCAAGAAGUGGAGUCUUUUUCCCCUUGUAAUCUAAGGUUGGCCAUGUGGCUUGCUUUAGCCCAUGGGACAUUUGCAAAUGUGACAUGAGCAAAAGCUUAAACAAAUGUGCUUUGGGGCUUGCCCUAGUUUGCUGCUGGGGACUCUUCUGCCAUCAUGAAAAGAAAAUUAGAGACCAUUUGGGACACAGAUGAGUUAUACUAGCUGAUGUCCCCUUCACCAACCAGCUUGCGUAUUACCAAGUAUGUGAAUGAGGCCAAUCUAGACUACACAGUCCCCACUAAGCAACCAGCUGGCUGUAAACCAGCCCAGGUCAAAAGAACCACCCACUUGACCCAUAGAAGUGCAUUGUUAUUUUGAGCCACUAAGUUUUGGUGGUGUUUUUCCUGCAUCAACAGAUAAUUAACAUAAAAGUUUACUUAGAAAAGAAGGAGAAUCUGAAUGACAUUAAUUUUUUACCUGCAACAGGAAGUUAGAAGACCACAGCAUUAGAUAUGCAAAUCGUAGAGAAAAAAAGAAUUACAUUUAAAAACAUUGUUCAGGGGCGCCUGGGUGGCGCAGUCGGUUAAGCGUCCGACUUCAGCCAGGUCACGAUCUCGCGGUCCGUGAAUUCGAGCCCCACGUCAGGCUCUGGGAUGAUGGCUCGGAGCCUGGAGCCUGUUUCCGAUUCUGUGUCUCCCUCUCUCUCUGCCCCUCCCCCGUUCAUGCUCUG